CAGGCUCCAGUCAAAGACUCGACCCCAGUGCUUACAGCUGAUCAAUUUGCAAGCGUCGAAUAUAUGAAUUCCCAACUAUCUGGAGAGGGAAGCACCCACUUACUGGUGAGCUCACCUUGCGAGGACAGAGCCCCUGCCACCUGACCUGCCCAUCAUCUCUUCACACCCAAGCAGAGUCGGACAGCCCUCCUCUGGCUCAGCCAUGGCAGUUCUAAGAGUGUCGUUCACAAAGAGCAGAAGGAACAAACUAGCCCAGGUGCUGUGGAUCUUAAACUGGGUGUCAGUCGUGAUGGGCCUGGUUCUGAUCAUCUUGGGAGCUUUCCUGAAAAUGGAGAUCGGGAAACACAGGGAGGUAAUGGUCAGCCGAGGGGCAGAUUCGAUCCCACACAUGUUGCUGGCCGUGGGAGCCAUUGCCUGUGGCAUCAACUUCCUGGGGAGCAAGAUCUGCCAUGAUUGUUCGGACAGCCAGCGGUUCACUCGCUGGAGGUUGGCCAUGCUUCCUUAUGUCAUCUGCACUUUCUUCUUUACCUUCUGCAUCCUUGCUGGGGCAUUGGUGUGCUAUACCAUGAAGAGCUCCCUGGAGGAAUCUCUCCACCUGGGCCUCAAGCGAGCUAUGAGUUUUUACAAGGACACUGACACCCCCGGGCUCUGCUUCAUGAAGAAGACUAUGGAUGAACUGCAGUUCAAGUUUCACUGCUGUGGGAACAAUGGAUUCAGGGACUGGUUUGAGAUCCAGUGGAUCAGCACACGUUACUUGAACUUGAACUCCAAAGAUGUUCAGAACCGUUUGAAGAGUAACAUAGACGGGAAGUACUUACUGGAUGCAAUUCCAUUCAGUUGCUGCAACUACAACUCUCCCCGGCCUUGUAUCCAGCAUCAACUCACCAACGACUCGGCUCAUUACAACUAUGACUACCUGACUGAAGAGCUGAACCACUGGACCACAGGCUGCAGACAGGCACUGCUUGACCAUUACGUCCAGAUCAUGCAGUCCAUAGGACUGUCUGUACUCAUCAUUUGGCUCUUUGAGAUUUCAGUUCUCACUGGUGUCAGAUACCUACAGACUGCAAUGGAAAAUGUCGUCCUGCAGGGAGAUCCUGAGUGUGAGUCUGAGGGUUGGCUACUGGAGAACAACUUUGUGGAAACAGCCAAAACAAAUCUGAACCUCAUUAAAACCUUGCGCAAGGUCAAUCAGAUAUCUACCAUCUCUGGAAUGGAAAAUCCCAAUAUGGACGUUAGAACAGCUGCCUAUGGACCUGACAAUGUCCUCCACUAAGUCCUCCCCACAACCAGGGAGUAGCAACUUAUUCCAUGGGUCUUGUUUUCAGAAUGGCCAUAAAUGUGUUUUAGAUCAGUAAAGGGGGUCAACACUCCUACAAAGUCAUGGUCAAAUGAUGGAUUAUAUAAUAGACAUGACUUAAGGACAGUAUCACAUCUGGCUGAUAUACUUCAGUGUAUGUUGAAUCUAUCCCAAAUAUUUUGGGAGUUUUUGUUAUUUACAACAUACAUUCUGUAGCAUUUGCUGAUUGCAAAAUAGUCAAGUCUGAUCUCCAUUUUCCUAUAAAAUUAUCUGCAUUUAACUGAGCCAUUAGCAGCCCUUCUUGAGAGAGGAGUUAUUUUCCACUUUGAUCCAUUGCUGUUU